CAAUCAGAAUGGACAGCAGCUUCAAGGACUGGAGGAGGCUGAUAUCAUGUUCACAUUGACUCCUGUCGCUGUGAAGAGUGAAGAAGAUGAAGAGAAACUUAUAUCGUCAAAGCUUCAUCCGAGUGAGACGAAGGAGAACAGAGCGGACUGUGGAGGACCAGAACCAGCCAGGAACUCAGGUCCUGAUGGACGUUUACAACAAGGUACUGAGGACAAGACUGAAGACUCUUCUGAGACUCCAGACUCUUCUGAGACUGAAGUCAGUGAGGAUGAUCAGAUGGAGACCAUGGAACCUCAGAGUGGUUUAAAUACAAGAAAAAACAAACAGCCUCUAAGUGAUAUGGGAUGUAAGACAGAAAAAAAAAAGUUUAGUUGCUCUGAGUGUGGUCACAGAUUUAACCAAAGAAGCAGUCUAAAUAGACAUAUGAGGAUUCAUACAGAAGAGAAGCCGUUUAGUUGCUCUGAGUGUGGUCACAGAUUUAACCGAAGAAGCAGUCUAAAUGCACAUAUGAGGAUUCAUACAGGAGAGAAACCGUUUAGUUGCUCUGAGUGUGGUAAAAUAAUUGACCAAAAAAGCAGUCUAAAUGCAAAUAUGAGGAGUCAUACAGGAGAUACACCGUUUAGUUGCACUGAGUGUGGUCACAGAUUUAACCAAAAAACCCAUCUAAAUACACACAUGAGGAUUCAUACAGGAGAGAAACCGUUUCGUUGCUCUGAGUGUGGUUACAGAUGUAACCAAAAAAGCAGUCUAAAUAGACACAUGAGGAGUCAUACAGGAGAGAAACCGUUUAGUUGCUCUGAGUGUGGUAAAAGAUUCGGCCGAAGAAGCAGUCUAAAUGCACAUAUGAUGAGUCAUACAGGAGAGAAACCGUUUAGUUGCACUGAGUGUGGUCACAGAUUUAACCAAAAAACCCAUCUAAAUACACACAUGAGGAGUCAUACAGGAGAGAAACCGUUUAGUUGCACUGAGUGUGGUCACAGAUUUAACCAAAAAACCCAUCUAAAUACACACAUGAGGAGUCAUACAGGAGAGAAACCCUUUUGUUGCACUGAGUGUGGUCACAGAUUUAGCGAUAAGAGCAAUCUAAAUAAACAUAUGAGGAGUCAUACAAGAAAGAAGUGAUUCAGUUGCAACAAAAGAUUUAUUAUGAUUUAU